UGUUUUAUACGACAACAUCAAUGCUCCCUUAGCUUUAUUAAAGGGUUUAUUAUACAAUGAUAAGCUAGUUUCAGUUGUGAAACUGGGAAGGUUAAACUCGCACACAUGAUUUAACUGGUAUGAGAAAGAAGUAAUUAUUGAAAAAGUGGUCGAGAAUUUGGGUUGCUUAAAAUAUGGUUCCAUACGUGAAAUUUAACAAUCCUCACGGCAGGAAAGGCGUUAUUAUCCGAAUAGCAGUGGUUGCAGUUGUUUUUCUUACCAUUGCGGUGGGUAUAUUUGUGUCAGUUUAUUUACACCAUGGCAAAGACGAUGAUCACAAAGAAAGAAAUUACUGCAACACCACCAUAUGUAAACAUGUGAGAUCACAUUUCCUAUCAGCUCUUGAUAAAUCUGUAAAUCCAUGCGAUGACUUCUACAAAUACGCAUGUGGUGGAUGGUUGUCAAAAAAUCCAAUCCCAAAUGGAAAAUCAGAAAUAUCAACCAUCACACAACUUCAGGAGAGACUCUACAAAAUCGAGAAAUCAAUUUUUCAGAACAAGGAGAAUGCACCGUUAGACAGCGAAGCAAAGAAAAAUAUGUUUCGAUUAUUUGAGAGUUGCAUGGAUGUAAACGGAAAGAAUAAAUUGGGUAGAACACCGAUGGAAACAUUAUUAACAAAGUUAGGUGGAUUCAAAACAGUUGCAUACAGCACCUAUGAUUAUCUAAAGACAAGCAAAAUCAAUACAUUAGCAAAAAAAGUCUUUAGAGAAGCUAAAAUUUCUCCAUUGUUUGCAUUUACUGUUGGUCCUGAUUUGAAACAUUCUACCAAAAACGUUAUACAAUUUGGAAAUCCCAAGAGCGCAUUCUUGAAAGAAGAAAAUCUCAAAAAAGCAAUAUCAAAAACAGAAGUUCGGAGGCUGUAUAAAGAGUUGAUGCAAAAACUGGUGGAAGAAUUCUCGGGUGGACUGGCAUACAUGGAAAGUAAAACAAUUGCUUCAGACAUUUAUCAGUUUGAGCUGAGUCUUCAAGAGAAAAUAAGCGAAACUAAAUCAUCUGCUUCAUACUACGCGACAACUGUGGCAUCACUGUCAACCUACAUGUCAACUAUUAGCUGGCUGGAUUUCCUGAACUCCGCUUUUGAAGACACUGGUAAGAAAAUUUCAGCACAAGAGAAAGUGGUUAUAACGAAUCGCGAAUAUUUCCGCCAGCUUGAUAGCCUGUUUGAAGACACGUCUUACAACACAAUCCAUAAUUAUAUGCUGAUAAAAGUUGUGAUGCAUUACUGGGAUGCUUUACCCGAUAAUAUUGUGAAGAUAUUUACAAAGCUAACGACAGCAAUAAGUGGUCCAGUAAAACCUCUUCCUCAAUGGCAAACAUGCAUAUCAGUGACAGAUAAGCAUCUUGGAUUAGCACUUGGAGCUGCGUUCGUCCAGAAAGUAAAUUUCUCGAAAGAAAGUCACAAUGAAGCGAAUAAAAUGGUUGGUGAUCUACGAAAAGCAUUUAAAGAGAUUCUACCAUCACUUAACUGGCUUGACAGUUUAACAAGAGAAGCUGCUAGUGAAAAAAUUGACGCAAUUGUUCAACAAAUCGGUUAUCCUCCUUAUAUUUUGAAUCCUAAAAAAUUAGAUGAAAAAUACACUGGGUUGGUGAUUAACGGUUCGAACUAUUUUGACAACAUCUUGUACUUAAAUCAUUACGCGGUAAUCGGUGCAUUAAAAAAGCAUGGGGAACCCGUGAAUCGAAAUACUUGGCUUCAGACCCCAGCGACAAUCAAUGCAUACUACAAUCCUCGAAGUAAUCAUAUAGCAUUUCCUGCUGCUAUUCUUCAACCACCCUAUUUCGAGACAGACUACCCGAAGGCAGUAAAUUUUGGUUGCAUAGGAUCUGUUAUUGGACAUGAGAUGACACAUGGCUUUGAUAACACAGGUCGCUGGUUUGACAAGUAUGGUAACCUUCGUGAGAAAGACAAUUCAUGGUGGACGUCUUCUUCUGUUACGAAUUUUGAUGACAGAAGUAAAUGUUUUAUUAAUCAAUAUUCUGCUGUAGAAGUAGCAGGUGAUUAUAUAAAGGGAAAACAAACACUUGGGGAAAACAUCGCAGACAAUGGAGGAAUUCAAAUUGCAUACAAGGCAUUUAAAGAUUGGGAAAAGAAGCAUGGGAAACAGCCAUUGUUAAAAGAUGUCGCAGACUCAAAUGAAAAAUUGUUUUUCAUUUCAUUUGCUCAGUUUUUCUGCUCAGCUAAAACAGAUAAAGCACUUCAAAGUCAACUUAAAACUGAUGUGCACAGUCCAAACAUGGAAAGAGUUCGAGGAACAUUGCAAAACAAUCGGGACUUUGCAAAUGCAUUUAACUGUCCAGCUGGUAGCAAAAUGAAUCCCUACACAAAAUGCAAGUUGUGGUAACGGUGGAUCAUGCAAGCCAAACGGGCUGAAGAAAAUUUUAUCGUAAAUUUACGACAUUUAAUGUCACACGGAUCGCCAUAAACUAGAUGGGUUUUAUAAUAAUUUUGAGAGAUAAGCAGUUAGAUAUAUAGGUUUCUGAAUUAGUAUUUUAAUACCAUUUCAACAUGUCAAAAUACCUCAUUAAUAAAUGUGAUUCAAAGUUA